CGUGCCCGGGGAGGCUGGCAUGGCAGGCCAGCCCAGCCACCUGCCCCAUGGAGGGAGCCCGAACAGCCUCUGUCACACCCCAGGGCCUGCACACCCUCCCGACCCACAGAGGCACCCCAGCACCUUGUCCUUCCGCUGCUCACUGGCUGACUUCCAGAUUGAGAAGAAGAUAGGCCGAGGCCAGUUCAGUGAGGUGUACAAAGCCACCUGCCUGCUGGAUAGGAAGACGGUGGCCCUGAAGAAGGUGCAGAUCUUCGAGAUGAUGGAUGCCAAGGCGAGGCAGGACUGUGUCAAAGAGAUCGGCCUCCUGAAGCAACUGAACCACCCAAACAUCAUCAAAUACCUGGACUCGUUCAUUGAGGACAAUGAGCUGAACAUCGUGCUAGAGCUGGCCGACGCUGGGGACCUUUCGCAGAUGAUUAAGUACUUUAAGAAGCAGAAGCGGCUCAUCCCGGAGCGGACGGUGUGGAAGUACUUCGUGCAGCUGUGCAGUGCCGUGGAGCACAUGCAUUCACGCCGGGUGAUGCACCGAGACAUCAAGCCUGCCAAUGUGUUCAUCACAGCCACGGGUGUCGUGAAGCUUGGCGACCUCGGCCUGGGCCGCUUCUUCAGCUCCGAGACCACUGCAGCCCACUCCUUAGUGGGCACACCGUACUACAUGUCUCCAGAGAGGAUCCAUGAGAACGGCUACAACUUCAAGUCAGACAUCUGGUCCCUGGGCUGCCUGCUGUAUGAGAUGGCCGCCCUCCAGAGUCCCUUCUAUGGUGACAAGAUGAACCUCUUCUCGCUGUGCCAGAAGAUCGAGCAGUGUGACUACCCGCCCCUGCCCGGCGAGCACUACUCGGAGAAGUUACGCGAGCUGGUCAGCAUGUGCAUUUACCCUGACCCCGACCAAAGACCCGACAUCGGCUACGUGCAUCAGGUUGCCAAACAGAUGCACGUGUGGACAUCCAGCACCUGAGCAUGGACGCUCCUGCGUCAUCCGAAGCCAACGCCAUCACUCUGCCUUACUUGAGACCUCUCUCCCAGAACAGCUGAGAACAGAAUGCAGCAGGUCCCCGAGGGCUGGCGCACUUGGCAGCAAAUGCUGGGGGCAGGGGCACCAGUCAUAGCCAAAGUCCUUCCUCUGUCCUGUUGUGGACAAUCUCAGCUGGGCUGCUGCCAAGGGCAGGGGGCUAGCGAGCCACAGCAGCCCCUCACCUCGGGGUUGUAAUGUGAAUCUAGGAAUCCCUCCAGCGGCCGGAACAGGUGCACACUCACGGAAGACUUGCUGGGGACUGGGUGGUUUGUAGUUAGCCUUUGAAAAUGGUUACUAGCGAGUUUGGUUUAGUUCUUAGUGCCUUUCCAAACAAUCAAGCUGUGUGUCUAACUUACUCAGUUAUAAAGGGAUAAAGUGGAAAUAACUUUUGAGUAGAGUAGAGAUUUGGCUAAUAUUUUCCCUAUACUUCUUACUUGAUGAAUGACGAUGAGAACCUGGCACCAGCACAGAGCUUUGCAUGGCAGGUGGCACCUGAACACCUGGCGCAGCCCCUCCAGAACCCCUGCCGGGUCACAAGCUCUGUCCCCUGGAACGCUGGCGGUUCAUUUCAUGAUCAGUGUUAAGUGUCUUCCACGGGAAGGCAACACAGGCUUUAAAAAUACAAAAACACAAAGGGCUUGGCCCUCAGCCUAUCUUUUACAAAUGCUGGUUCUGUAAAUUCCUAGUGUGACCUGAGGCAAACGUCUUAGUCUGUCUGAGCCCUGGUUUCCUCAUCUGUAAAAUGGGACUAAUACAAUCUACCUUCAGAGUUGCUGACAGCAUUUGAGAUAAGAUAUGCAGGUUAGCUAACAUGCUAUACAGGAUUCACAGUGGCCCUUCACUCCUUCCCAGAACCGUCUACGGACCACGUAUGUCAAGAAUUAAAGUACAACUGUAUUAUGUGUAGGAAACUGGAAAUAUGUUCACUUAUUUCUUGUUCCCAAAGAGGAUUAACUGUGAAGAUUAAUUUAUAAAUGUGAAUUUAAGGGAAACUCCAGCUCUGGAGGAAACAGUCUGCAUUUUGUUUUUGUAUUCAAAUUAGUCCUCACAUGUUCUAGGCUGUUGUCACUGGAUGUGCAACAGUUGAGCCCUUCAGACGAGACCCACCGUCGGGGUCUGGGUCAGGUGCUGCCUGCGGAGGCUCCACGCGGGAACACCGACAGAUGGGAGAGAUUGUCUCCAGCUGUGGCCUUUGCUCUGUACUUGUUCUCCAGGUUUGAAAUAAAACGUGGUGAGAGGA